AUGACAAAAUCUACCACACGCAUUGAUGCCCUUGAGAGAAGGGUUGAGAACAUUGUUGCUCUAUUGAGUGACUAUGCCACCCAAGAGGGGAUGGUAUUGGAAUUUGAUUCUGCUUAUAAGCGCAUUGAGGCGCUAGAGAAAGAAAAUGAAUGGCGAUUGGCUAAGAGGGCUAAAUCGCCUAGAGGUGAGGGUGAGCCAAUAGAGCUUGAGGCCACCCAAAAUCCUUUUCAAGCGAAGGACACCCGGUGGGGUGAUCUGGAGUCCAAAAUGAUAGAAUGGGAGACAGUGGCCUCUCAAGUGAGAGACAUAAUGGAAAGUCUCAAAUCUGUUUCUGAUGCUCAUACCUCUUUGGUAGGGGUUGUCGAAGAGAUUAGAGAUGGUGCUAAAGAGACCAUUGAUACGAUCAAUGGUAAUGUCAAAGAAAGGAUGGACACGUUCCAAGGUAAGCUAGAAGAGCUUGAUGCGAGGGUGAACACCAUUAUGAAGAUUACAGGUUGCAAUGGCAUGAAAUCUUGUGGGGCAGGGAGGACAAAGGUCCCGAAGCCGAAAGCUUUCGGCGGAGCAAGGGAUGCAAAAGAGGUAGACAAUUUUCUUUUUGACAUGGAGUUGUUCUUUAGAGUUACCAAGCGAGAGUCCGAGGAGGACAAGCUGUUAAUCUUACCCUUGUACUUGGUUGACGAUGCUAAAUUAUGGUGGCGUAAUAAAAUAGUGAGAGUAGGGCCGGGGGCAAACCAAGUUACAACGUGGGACAUGUUCGCCAAGGAGUUAAGAGCUCAAUUUUGUCCGGAGAAUGUGGCAUAUGAUGCACGGUGCAAGUUGGGAGAGUUACAGCAAACAGGUUCGGUUCGAGAUUACGUGAGGGACUUCUCACGCCUCAUGCUAAACAUAGAGAACAUGCAGGAGGAGGAUCGGUUUUACAACUUUAUGAAAGGGUUGAAACCUUGGGCUAAGAAUGAAUUAAGGAGACAGAAGGUGACAGAUGUUGAUGCAGCUAUAGUGGCAGCUGAGGGCCUAGAGGAUUAUUCCAACUCGUCUAGUAAGCGGAAGCUUAGUUCUACUAUGGGGCAAGACCCUCACCCUAACAAGUGGGUGAAGGCCCAAAGUGGGGGAGCAAAUCGAUUGAAUCACACUAUUGGAGGGGUAGAAAGAAGGAACUGGAGUGGGAACGUGAAAUCGAAACCUUAUUUUCAAGGAAGGGAAUUGAGCUCUACAGGAUCACAGGGCAGUCGACCCCAAGGAUCAAGUUCGUUCUCAUUGCCAAGACUUAAUGUAAAGUGCUUCUUAUGUCUUGGACCCCAUCGAAUGGUAGAUUGCCCUCAUAAAGGGGCGUUGAAUUCCCUACGAACUCUACAAGAGGAAGAGAAGAGAAAUGAAGAGGAGGAACAGAAAGAAGGGGACAAUGACCAAUCUAUGGUAGGGGCUCUCCGUUUUCUAGGAGCUAUGGAAAAGCAAAGAGCCAGCAAAUCCUCUGAGAGGGGAUUAAUGUAUGUGGAUUUGACUAUUAACGGGAAGUUAGCCAGAGCCUUAGUUGAUACGGGAGCUACUAACAACUUUAUAGCUGAUUCGUUCGUUUCUCGUUUUGAAUUGAAGAUCAAAGAGGAUAAGGGGAAGAUAAAAGCAGUUAAUUCCAAAGCACAAAAUACGGUAGGCGUGGCUCAAUCAGUAGCUUAUGAAAUAGGACCGUGGAAAGGGGAGGUGAAUUUCACAGUAACGCCAUUAGAUGACUUCGAUGUAGUGAUUGGAAUGGAGUUUCUUAAGACAGCACGGGCAGUGCCGAUUCCCUCAGCCGACUGUCUUAUCCUCAUGGGAGACAGACCGUGUGUGGUACCCACCACUUUCAGUCCGAUUUGUGAGAAGAAGUUGAUUUCAGCGCUACAAUUUAAGAAGGGGGUGAGGCGCAACAAGCCGACGUACGUGGUGGUUCUAGUUAUGAAGGAAGAGGGGGAGAUGUCUACAUACCCCCUUGAGAUCAGGGACGUGAUGCUGAGAUACAAGGAUGUUAUGCUAGAGAAGUUGCCGUCUGUUUUGCCACCUCGUCGAAGUAUUGAUCAUGAAAUAGAGUUGCUACCAGGUACAAAGGCUCCAGCAAAAGUGCCUUACCGGAUGGCACCCCCAGAACUGGCGGAAUUGAGGAAACAGUUGGAUGAGUUACUAGAAGCUGGGUUUAUACGACCAGCAAAAGAGCCCUUUAGGGCUUCUAUGCUUUUUCAAAAGAAACAAGAUGGAAGCUUAAGGUUGUGUGUGGAUUAUCGAGCUCUGAAUAAGGUGACAGUGCGGAAUAAGUAUCCUAUUCCCUUGAUAGCAGAUUUGUUUGACCAAUUGGGUCCGACAAAGUUUUUUACCAAGUUGGAUCUUCGAUCAGGGUAUCAUCAGGUUCGGAUUAAAGAGGGGGACGAGCCCAAAACAACAUGUGUAACACGGUAUGGUGCUUUUGAGUUUCUAGUUAUGCCUUUUGGACUAACAAACGCCCUUGCUACUUUUUGCACUUUGAUGAACCAGGUUUUUCAUGAAUAUCUUGAUAAAUUUGUGGUGGUCUAUCUUGACAAUAUUGUGGUAUAUAGCUCUUCACUGAAAGAACACAGGGAACAUCUUAGUUUAGUAUUCGAGAAAUUGAGGGAGAAUAAUCUCUUCGUCAAGAAAGAGAAAUGUGCGUUUGCUCAAACCAGAAUCAAGUUCUUGGGUCAUGUGGUCGAGCAGGGAAAAAUAAGCAUGGAUUAG